GUGCGUGAGUCGCUUCCUUUUGAGUUAAAAGUCGCCCUGAGGCAGGUCCCUCCCUGGUCUUUCUUCAGUGGGGCCGUGCAGACAGACACCUUGUACCGCGGAAGUUUCCUGCUCAGACCUUUCCUGUCCCCUCCUCCUGCUUCACACAGUUUCAAGUCCUCAGCCGCGUGCUGGAUUCCCGUCCUGGGCACCUCCCAGCCUCGCUCUCGUCGGUCCCUGGAGCGCAUCGCCGCGGUCGCAGUCCCGGGGAGGCGCGUUGUGUACCGAGUCCGGGGAACCUGCAGACCCCACCUCAGUCCCAAAGCCCUGUGGCCUCCCCAAGUCCCUUCUAGUGCUGGGCCCUGCUGCUCCCCAGUUCCAGCCCCUGGAAAACGAGCUCUUCCUGGAGGCAGCCCUCUUAUUCCGUCCUCGCCCUGUUUUACCGGAAGGCAGCCUUCGGUGUGAGAUGUCCAAGUUCUUGGAUAGUGAACAUAGACUUGAAAAAAAAAAAAAAACAGGCGUGGUGGCUCACGCCUAUAAUCGAAGCACUUUGGAGGCCAGGCGGGGGGAUCAUUUGAGGUCAGGAGUUCAAGACCAGCCUGACAAACAUGGUGAAACCGCAUCUUUAAAAAAAAAAAAAAAAAAAAAACCACCACGAAGUAACAAAAGAAGAAAGCCGAGAAAGCAAAAAUUUAUUCAAUCAAGAAAGCACUCCUUAGAAUGGGAGUAGUCUCCAGUGAAAGCCUCCAGGGCCCCGUUUACAAAGUUUUGGGGUGUUAAAGUCUUUCUUUUGAAAUCCUAUGGGCUACCCCUUAUCUGGAAGAAAGAUUUGGUCGUUAGCCAAUGAAAAGCUGAGAUGAAUUGACCCGAGGCCAGAGCAGGUGGGUGCCCUAUGCAGAAGGGGUGUCCGGUGCUUGGCCUUUGCUGCUCCUGGGCUCUUUCCUUUUUCAUUGGAGACAUGUUGGAAGCGGGAGGGCUGUAGGGAGAAUGGCCUUUGAUCCUUUGUUACUCCACGUGGGGAGAUGGGGUUUUUCCAUUUGGUCUGUUUUUGGAAAGGUGAGUUCAUUGGCCUUAGAUUCCCUCCCCCAGACCCAGGACCCAGGUGUUUCCCUUUUCUCUUUUUUAAUGGAGAUGAGUCUCACUCUGUUACCCAGGCUGGAGAGCAGGGACAGGAUCACAGCUCAGUGCAGCCUCCACCUCCUGGGUUCAAGGAAUCCUCCCACCUCAGCCUCCAGAGUAGCUGCGACCAAAGAUGGGCGUCACCACACCGCACUAACUUUUGUGUUCUUGGUAUAGCUGGGACGACAGACAUACAGCACCACAUCUGGCUAAUUUCUUUUCUUCUUUCUUUUUUUUCUUUAAAGACGGGUUUACCAUGUUGGUCAGGCUGUUCUUGAACUCCUGACCUCAGGUGAUCCGCCCACCUUGGCCUCCCAAGUGCUUGGAUUACAGGCGUGAGCCACCACACCGGGCACCUGGCUAAUUUUUUAUACUUUCGGUAGAGGCGGGGUUUCACCAUGUGGCCCAGUGUGGUAUCAGACUCCUGGGCUCAACUCAUCUCUUUGCUUGGGCCUCCCAAAGUGCCGGAUUACAGGCGAGAGCCACCUGCAAUGGUCCACAGGAGGAUGACCAUUGUUUUUGUUUUUCUUUCUUUAUUUUAUUGAGGUAGGGUGUCACUCUGUCACCCAGGCUGAAAUGCAGUGGCACCCUCUGGGAUCAGGGCAACCCCUGCCUCCCAGGCUCAAGUGAUCUUUUUUCUGCCUCACAAGUAGCUCUGACAACACAUGCGUUCCUUGAGACCUGGCUAAUUUUGUGAAUUUUUGGUAGAGAAGGGGUUUCAUCAUGUUGCCUGGUUAGUCUCAAAUUCUGAGCUCAAGUGCUCUGCCUGCCUCAACUUCCCAAAGUGUUGGGAUCACAGGGGAGAGCCACCAUGCCUAGUUGGUUUUGGAAUUUUCUAGAGGAGGAAGACCAAGGCAGCCUAUUGGCCCUUCCAGGCCGUCACAUGGGAGUCAGCCACACCACCUUCUUACCCUCCUCAGAGCUUCUCAGGAUAACUUUGUGACCUGUCUCCCACUGUGAGCUUCAGGGACUUCACCUGUAAAAGGGAGGAAGAACAGGAAAGCUCAGAGUGACACUCACCCCUGAACAGACUGACAAAAUACAGGUUGAUUUCUAAAGACUCAUGUUACGUGAGGAAGCAGCUCAGAAGAGGAAAGAAAAGGAGCCCGGCAUGGCUCUUCCUCAGUAGAGACCGGGUUUCGAGAUCGAUCCAAGAUGGCCGACCACUAACAGCUCAGGAUUGUAGCUCCCAGUGAAAGCCCAGAGAACGAGACGACGCCACACUUUUAGACGAAUUUUCGUCACUCACCGAUCAGCCGAUUCCCAGUGGAGGAGCCCCACAGGUCGCCAGCAUGACUCUUGUGGCCGCCGCAGCGGUUUUGCCGGCGUCUCGGCGCAGCAGCUCUUCAUGCAGAGCCAACGGGACUGCUUCCCCUACUGAUCGGAGUUUGGAGCUCCGGGAAGUCAGAGCCUCUUGUUGCGGACUCAGGAGGGAAGCCAGACCAGAGAUUCCUGGGCAGAAGAGCACCAUCAGUCUUAUCGCUGCUAUUUAGGCUGCCACAGUGGGUUGCUCGGAUCCCAGCACUGGGAAUCAAUAAGUCGGACGUCGACUCAGAAACCUAAUUAGAAAGGCAGUUCAUCUACAGUGAAGGGAAAAAAACAGCCUAAGAAGGCCAAGUAUACUCAAAAUCAGAACCCAUCAGCAACGGAACAAGCCCUGAUGGAAAAGGACUCAUCAGCAACGGAACAAGCCCUGAUGGAAAAGGACUCAUCAGCAACCGAACAAGCCCUGAUGGAAAAGGACUGUGUCCCGUUAUCUGAAGUAGGCUUUAAAAGGUGGAUGAUAAGAAACUUCUGGGAGUUAAAGGAACUUGUUCUAACCCAAUGUAAAGAAACUAAGAACUGGAAAAAAGGUUAGAUGAAAUGUUGAAAAGAAUAGACAGUAUAGAGAGGAAUACAAAUGAACUUAUGGAGUUGAAAAAUACAACACGAGAACUUAGUGAAAUAUGUACAAGCUUAAACAGCCGAAUGGAUCAAGCAGAAGAAAGGGUAUCAGAGGUCGAAGACCAACUUAAUGAAACAAAACGACAAGACAAGAAUAGAGAAAAAAGGAUAAAAAGGAAUGAGCAAAGUCUCCAAGCAAUAUGGGACUAUGUGAAAAGACCUAAUAUACGCUUGAUUGGUGUACCUGAAUGUGACGGAGAGAAUGAAUUCAAGCUGGAAAAUACUCUUCAGGACAUUAUCCAGGAAAAUUUUCCUAAUUUAGCAAAGCAGGACACUAUUCAACCCCAGGCAAUACAGAGAACACCACAAAGAUAUUCCUCAAGAAGACCAACCCCAAGGCACAUAAUCGUUAGAGUCACCAAGAUCGAAACGAAGGAGAAAAUAUUAAGGGCAGCCAGAGAGAAAGAUCAAGUUACCCAUAAAGGUAAGCCUAUUAGGCUUACAGCAGAUCUCUCAACGGAAACCCUACAAGCUAGAAGAGAGUGGGGGCCAAUAUUCAAUAUACUUAAUCAACAGAAUUUUCAGCCCAGAAUUUCAUAUCCUGCCAAUUUAAGCUUUACAUUUGAAGGAAAAUUAAAAUCUUUUAGGAACAAGCAAGUACUCAGAGAUUUUAUUACCACCAGGCCUGCUUUACAAGAACUUCUAAAAGAAGUAUUAUACACAGAAAGGAACAACCAGUAUGACCCUUUCUAAAAACACACCAAAAAGUAAAGAGCAUUAACAUAAAGAAAAAUUUUUAUCAACAAAAGGACAAAAUAGCCAGUUAAUAUCAAACGGCAGCAACCCUAAAUUUAAAUCGACCAAAUCUCCCAAUCAAAAGAUACAGACAAAAUCUAAUGGUAUAUCCAAAGAUAUACAUAGACUCAAAAUAAAGGGUUGGAAAAAAAAAAACGUACCAACCAAAUGGAGAGCAAAAAUAAAUAAAUAAGAAGCAGGAGUUGCAAUUUUCACAUUUGACAAAAUAGAUUUCAAAGCUACAAGGAUACAAGGGUAAAGAUUAAUGUAAUAAUAAGAGAUCUUAACACCCAGAUACAUAAGACCCAUAAUGAGAUUUAGAUUCAACGAGACAGAAAAUGGAUAACGAUACCCGGGACUGGAACUAAGAUCCAGAACAAAUAAACUCAAUAGAGCUCUCCAUUUUAAACACACAAAAUAUACAUUAUCCACAAAAUCUAACCAUAUAUCUAAAGAUAUACAAAGACUCAAAACAAGGGGAUGGAAAAAAAACUCACCAACCAAAUGGAGAGCAAAAAUAAAUAAAUAAAAAGCAGGAGUUGUAAUUCUCACACUUAAUAAAAUAGAUUUCAAAGCUACAAGGAUGCAAGGGUAAAAGGAUUAAUGCAACAAUAAGAGAUCUUAACACCCAGAUACAUAAGACACAUAAUGAGAUUUAGAUUCAACGAGACAACAAAUUGAUAAUGAUAUCCAGGACUUGAACUCAGAGCCAGAACAAAUAAACACAAUAGAGGUCUCCAUUUUAAACACAUAAAAUAUGCAUUAACCACUUUAAACACUCAAAAUAUUGAUCGGCCAUUAUUGAAACCCAUUUUAGGAAUGAAGUAAUAUUUCUUUUUCCCUCUUUUCUUUUUUUCCCCUUCUAAAAAAAAAAGAAAAAAAGAGACCGGGUUUCACCGUGUUGGCCUGGCUCACCUUAAACUCCUGAUGUCGUGAUCCGCCUUGGUCUCCCAAGGUGCUGGGAUUACAUGUGUGAGCCACUGUGCCUGGCCUUGCUUUUUAUUUAUUUAUUUUGCAAGUCAGAGUCUCACUCCGUCACCCAGGGAGGAGUGCAGUGGUGCAAUCUCUGCUUACUUCAGCCACCAUGUUUUAAGUUCAAGGGAUCCUCCUGCCUCAGCCUCCUUUGCAGCUGGGAUUAUAGGUGCCUGGCUAAUUUUCAUACUUUUUGUAGAGACAGGGUUUCACAGUUUUGGCCAGACUGGUCUCCAACUCUUGAUCUCAAAUGAUCUGCCUGCCUUGGCUUCCCAAUGUGCUAGGAAGGCAGGCGUGAGCCACGAGGCCUGGCCCAACUAUUUCUUCUUAAUUGUACAUUUUUCCUAUAUCUAUAGAAUCAAGACUUCCACAGUAACUUAGGGGAUCUUAAAAUGCUUAAUGAAAAAGUGCAGUAGAGCUUAUAAUUCUCAGAUAUUAUCAGUAACACACCCAAAAAAGUGCAGUAAAAUGCAGCUGUAGAGAAACAAUGUUCAGAAAUACCGUAAGUAGUUUUGUCAGGACAGUCUUUGAUGAAAUGGAUACUUAAUUUCUCUUUUCUCAUUUACUGUGAAGGUGGAAACUCACUCCUCCAUAAUUAGUUGAAAUGUGUUUUUCAUUUCAGGGACGCUUGACUUUCAAGGAUGUGUCUGUAGAAUUCUCUUCGGCAGAGUGGAAAUGCCUGACCCCCGCGCAGAGGGCUUUAUACAGGGACGUGAUGUUGGAGAACUACAGGAACCUGGAGUCUGUGGGUGAGGAAAAUGUUCCUCCAGACACGAGGAAUCCGUCUUUGUUUAUCUGGGCUCUUCCUGCCGCUGGCAACCUCAAUUGUAGCUCAUUGUUGAAGAAACAUCAGAUAAACCAUUUAGGAAAGAAAAAAUACAAAUGUGAUGUGUUUGGCAAGUUGAUCAAUGAGAAGCAAAAUCUUGUACGCCAUCAUAGAUGUCACACUGGUGAGAAACCUUACAAGUAUAAUGAGUGUGACAAGUCCUUCAGUGACAGGUCAUGUCUUCCACGCCAUCAUAGACUUCAUACUGGAGAGAAACCUUACAAGUGUAAGGUUUGUGACAAGGCUUUCAGACAAGAUUCAAACCUUAAACAACACGCUAGAAUUCACACUGGAGAGAAACAUUACAAGUGUAAAGAUUGUGGCAAGACCUUCAGUCAAAAUUCAUCACUUUUAAUUCAUAAGGUAAUUCAUACUGGAGAGAAACCUCACAAGUGUAAUGAAUGUGGCAAGGGUUUUAAUCGACAAACACACCUUGUACGUCAUCAUAGACUUCAUACUGGAGAGAAACCUUACAGGUGUAAUGAGUGUGGCAAGACCUUUAGUCAAAAUUCAUCACUUGUAAUUCAUAAGGUAAUUCAUACUGGAGAGAAACCUCACAAGUGUAAUGAAUGUGGCAAGGGUUUUAAUCGACAAACACACCUUGUUCGUCAUCAUAGACUUCAUACUGGAGAGAAACCUUACAAGUGCAAUGAGUGUGGCAAAACCUUUAGUCAAAAUUCAUCACUUGUAAUGCAUAAGGUAAUUCAUACAGGAGAGAAACCUCACAAGUGUAAUGAAUGUGGCAAGGGUUUUUUUAAAAAGGAAAACCUUGUACGUCAUCAUAGAAGUCAUACAGGAGAGAAACCUUACAGGUGUAAUGAGUGUGGCAAGGCCUUCAGUCAGGUGUCAUCCGUUGCACGCCAUCGUAGACUUCAUACAGGAGAGAAACCUUACAAGUGUCAUGAGUGUGGCAAGACCUUCAGUCAGAUGUCAUCCUUUACAUGCCACCGUAGACUUCAUACUGGAGAGAAACCUUACAAGUGCAAUGAGUGUGGGAAGACCUUUAGUCAGAUGUCAUCCCUUACAUAUCAUUGUAGACUUCAUACUGGUGAGAAACCUUAUAAGUGUCAUGAGUGUGACAAGAGCUUCAUUCAAAAGUCAGCCUUUACAAUGCACCGUAGAAUUCAUACUGGAGAGAAACCUUACAAGUGUAAUGAGUGUGGCAAGACCUUCAGUCAAAAUUCAUCACUUUUAAUUCAUAAGGUUAAUCAUACUGGAGAGAAGCCUCACAAGUGUAACGAAUGUGGCAAGGGUUUUGUUAAAAAGGAACACCUUGUACGUCAUCAUAGACAUCAUACAGGAGAGGAACCUUACAGGUGUAAUGAGUGUGGCAAGGCCUUCAGACAGGUGUCAUCCCUUACAUACCAUCGUAGACUUCAUACUGGAGAGAAACCUUACAAGUGUAAUGAGUGUGACAAGACCUUCAGUGACAGGUCAUCCCUUCAACGCCAUCAUAGACUUCAUACAAGAGAGAAAUCUUACAAGUGUCAUGAGUGUGGCAAAACCUUCUGUCAGAUGUCAUCCCUUACAUGUCAUCGUAGACUUCAUACUGGAGAGAAACCUUACAAGUGUAAUGACUGUGGCAAGACCUUCAGUCAGAUGUCAUCCCUUACAUGUCAUCGUAGACUUCAUACUGGAGAGAAACCUUACAAGUGCAAUGAGUGUGGCAAGACCUUCAGUCAGAUGUCAUCCUUUACACGCCACUGUAGACUUCAUACUGGAGAGAAACCUUACAAGUGUAAUGAAUGUGGCAAGGUUUUUAAUCGUAAAGCACACCUCGUAUGUCAUCAUAGAUGUCACACAGGAGAGAAACCUUACAAGUGUAAUGAGUGUGGCAAGACCUUCGGUCAGGUGUCAUCCCUUACAUGCCACCGUAGACUUCAUACUGGAGAGAAACCUUACAAGUGUAAUGAGUGUGGCAAGACCUUCAGUCAGGUGUCAUCCCUUACAUGCCAUUGUAGACUUCAUACUGGAGAGAAACCUUACAAGUGUAAUGAGUGUGGCAAGACCUUCAGUCAGGUGUCAUCCCUUACAUGCCAUCGUAGACUUCAUACUGGAGAGAAACCUUACAAGUGUAACGAGUGUGGAAAAACCUUUCAUCAGAUGUCAUCCCUUACAUAUCAUCGUAGACUUCAUACUGGAAAGAAACCUUACAUAUGUAAGGUCUGUGACAAGCCUUUCAGAAGCAAUUCACACCUAGCUAAACACAGUAUAAUUCACACUGGAGAGAAACCUUAGAAUUGUAAUGAGUGUGGCAAGACCUUCAGUCAGAUGCCAAAUCUAGUACACCAUUGUAGACUUCAUACUGAAAAGAAACCUUACUAGUGUAAUGAAUGUGGCAAGGUUUUUAACCGACAGGCAACCCUUGCAUGUCAUCAUAGACUUCAUUCUGGAGAGAAACCUUACAAAUGUGAAAAAUGUGACAAAGUUUUCACUCACAGAUCACACCUUGAAAUGCAGAAGAAAACUCAUAGUGAAGAGAAAGCUUACAAAUGUAAAAUUUGUGACAAGGCUUUAUCAUGUAAUGUAUACCUGGGAAAACAUACUAGAAUUCACACUGGAGAGAAACCCCACAAGUGUAAUUAAUGGAGCAAGUCCUUCAAUCAAAAUUGAUUUCUUAAUUCAUAAGGUAAUUCAUACUGGAGAGAGAUCUUACAAGUGUAAUGAGUGUGGCAAGGUUUUGAAUCAAAAAUCAAAUCUUGCUCAUCAUUAUGGACUUCAUGCUGGAGAGAAACCUUACAAAUGUGAAGAAUGUGAUGUUUUCAGUCCCAAGUCACACCUUGAAAGACACAGUGUAACUCCUACUGAACAGAAACCAUAGACAUCUGAGAUUUGUGACAAGGCUUUCGGGCAUGAUUCACACCUGGCGUAACAUGCUAGAUUCUCACUGGAGAGAAAACAUACACGGGUACUGAGUGUGGCCAAGCCUUCAGUGGACAGUCAACACUUAUUCAUCAUCAAGCAAUCCAUGGUAUAGAGAAACUACUAAUGUAAAGAUUGUUCCAAAGUCUUCAGUAACGCUAUAGCCAUUGACAUUAUUGGAGAAUCCAUGGUGGAAAGGCAUCUUACAAGUGUGGUAAAUGUGGAGAUUUUUUGAACAUCGUUGAUACCUUUCAGUUUAUCGGCCAACUCAUGCUGGAGAGAAACCCUACAAAUGUCAGGAUUGUGGCCAGGUCUUCAGUCAUACUUCCCCUUAUGCAAAACAGGGGAGAAGUUAUACAGGAGAGAAACCUUCCCAGUUUCUCCCAGUGUGCUCGUGGUGGCAAGCUUUACUUCACAUUCACACGUCAUUAGACAUCAGAGAAUCCAUCCUGGACGGAAAUCUUACAAAUGUCCUAAGCGUGGCAUGGUGUUUAGUCCGAGGUCACUCCUUGCAGAACAUGAGAAAACUAAUUCUGGAGAUAAUUGUUCAAAAUGCAUUGAAUAAGCAGCCAUCAAGAAUUAAUUGACAUUUGGCUGGGCACGGUGGCUCAAGCCUGUAAUCCCAGCACUUUGGGAGGCUGAGGUGGGUGGAUCACCAGGUCAAGAGAUCAAGACAAUCCUGGCCAACAUGUUGAAACCCCGUCUCUACUAAAAAUACAAAAAUUAGCUGGAUAUGGUGGCAUGGACCUGUAGUCUCAGCUACUUAGGAGGCUGAGGCAGGAGAUUUGCUUGAACCUGGAAAGUGGAGGUAGCAGUGAGCCGAGAUUGUGCCACUGCACUCCAGCCUGGCACCUGGCAAAAGAGCGAGACUCUUUCUCAAAAAAUAGAGAAAAAAAAAAUUAAUUGACAUUACAGUCAAUUCAGCAUCUACUUGAGUUUCAGUUGACUUAACAUUGAGUUCAAGCAUUAAUUGACAUUGACAUUAAAGUGUUUAUGUUGAGAUGAUUGGGCCAGGCAGGGUGUGGCUCACACCUGUAAUUGCAGCACUUUGGGACGCCAAGAUCGGUAGGUUGCUUAAGGUCAGAUUUGGACCAGCCUGGCAAACAGAUGUGAAUCCCCUUUUCCCAGCCUGUUUUUGUUUUGUUAUGUUUUGUUUUUACUUGACGAAAACUGACAGGGGGUUUUAUGGGUAUUGUGUUGAAUCUAAUCACAUUGGUUUAUAUAAUCAUUUCACAACAUUUUUCCAAUUCGUCAAUAUGAGCUGUGUGUCUAUUUGUUUUUAAUCAUUUUAAUCAAUGUUUGUAGAUGUCAAGGUAGUAACUUCUCACCUUUAACCUUUAUUCCUAAGUAUUUUUUUGUUUUUUUUUUUUUUUUUUUUGAGAUGGAGUUUCGCUGUUGUUAACCAAACUGGAGUGCAAUGCCAUGAUCUCGGCUCACUGCAACCUCCGCCUCCUGGGUUCAAGCUAUUCUUCUGCCUCAGCCUCCCAAGUAGCUGGGAUUACAGGUGCGCACCACCAUGCCCAGCUAAUUUUUGUAUUUUUAGUAGAGACGGGGUUUCAUCUUGUUGACCAGGAUGGUCUCGAUCUCUUGACCUUGUGAUCCACCUGCCUCGGCCUCCCAAAGUACUGGGAUUAUAGGCGUGAGCCACCGCGCCCAGCCUAAGUAUUUCUUUUUUUUUUUUUUUUUGAAACGGAGUUUCGCUCUUGUUACCCAGGCUGCAGUGCAAUGGCGCGAUCUCGGCUCACUGCAACCUCCGCGUCCUGGGUUCAGGCAAUUCUCCUGCCUCAGCCUCCCGAGUAGCUGGGAUUACAGGCAGGCACCACCAUGCCCAGCUAAUUUGUUUUAAUAUUUUUAGUAGAGACGGGGUUUCACCAUGUUGACCAGGAUGGUCUCGAUCUCUUGACCACGUGAUCCACCCGCCUCGGCCUCCCAAAGUGCUAAGAUUACAGGCCUGAGCCACCGCGCCCGGCCAGUAUUUCCUAUUUUGAGUUCUCUAGCAGGUGGAAAUGUUUUCUUAAUUUUCUCUUAAAAUUGUUUGUUGUAGAUGUAUGGAAAUUGAACUAUGUUUUCGUGCUGCUACUGUAUUUUGCAGUAACACUGAAUGUGUUUCUUGGUUCCAAUAAAAUUUGGUUGACUGUAA